AUGAGUCCAAAGACGACGAGUCUAAACGCAAUAAGUCCAAACACGAUGAGUCCAAACACUAUGUUUCCAAACGCUAUGAUUCCAAGCGCGACAAGUCCAAUCGCAAUAAAUAAAAAUGUGACGAGUCCAAACGCGAUGGGUCUAAACGCGACGAGUUCAAACCCUAUGAGUCCAAAUGCGACGGAUCCUAGCGCGACAAGUCCAAUCGCGACGAAUUCAAACUUGACAAGUCCAAAUGCGACGAGUCCAACCGCGACGAGUCCAACCGCGAAGAGUCCAAGCGCGUCAAGUCCAAACGCAACGAGUCCAAACGCUAUGACUCCAAACGCGACAAGUCUAAGCGCGACAAGUCCAAUCGCAAUAAGUCCAAACGUGACGAGUCCAAACGCUACGAGUUCAAACCCUAUGAGUCCAAAUGCGACGGAUCCUAGCGCGACAAGUCCAAUCGCGACGAAUUCAAACUUGACAAGUCCGAAUGCGACGAAUCCAAGCGCGAAGAUUCCAAGCGGGUCAAGUCCAAACGCAACGAGUCCAAACGAUAUGACUCCAAACGCGACAAGUCCAAUCGUAAUAAGUCCAAACGUGAUGAGUCCAAACGCUACGAGUUCAAACCCUAUGAGUCCAAAUGCGAAGAAUCCUAGCGCGAUAAGUCCAGUCGCGACGAAUUCAAACGUGACAAGUCCAAAUGCGACGAGUCCAAGCGUGACGAAUCGUAGCGCGAUAAGUCCAGUCGCGACGAAUUCAAUCGUGACAAGUCCAAAUGCGAAGAGUCCAAACGCGUCAAGUCCAAACGCAACGAGUCCAAACGCUAUGACUCCAAACGCGACAAGUCCAAGUGCGACAAGUCCAAUCGCAAUAAGUCCAAACGUGACGAGUCCAAACGCGACGAGUUCAAACUCUAUGAGUCCAAACUCGGCGUGUCCUAGCACGACAAGUCCAAUCGCGACAAAUCCAAACGUGACAAGUCCAAACGUAAUAAGUCCAAACGCGACGAGUCCAAGGGUGACAAAUUCAAUCACAAUAAGUCCAAACGCGACGAGUCCAAACACUACAAGUCCAAACGCUAUCAGUCCAAACGCGACGAUUCCAAACGCGAUUAGGAGAAAAACGGUUAGCGUAUUCGGAGCCGAAAAUAAAGUUUGUAUUUCUGAUUGCAGCUUCGACGAGACGUCGAUGGACAGCUGUCCCUUGGCGGCCAUCGCCGAGCCCAGGAGCAACGAUUUGUCAAAGGAUGGAAACGAACUAGAGGUGACAUCGCUGGAAGAGGCGAAGACGGUGAUAGCUGCGCUGAGAGCGAGGCAGAGGGCACAGGCGCAUCAGAUGCUAGCCUGGCGGAGGACCCUGAAAUUGCAGGAGGACCUCGUGGCUCGGCUGACUAGAGAGAAGGCGGAACAGCUCCGGACACUGUCCUCGCAGCUGCUGCUGUUCGAGUCGAGGCUCUGUCGGAAGCAGAAAGAGAUCGAGGCUAGUCUCGCGCAACGAGAGUCCAUUAUUCUCAGACAACAGAGGGUGAUCCGACAAUUACAGAGCAGACUGGCGGAAAGAAGCACCGGCACAAGGGACUCGCCACCUUGCGACGCUCUCGACAGAUUGGACAGCCUCGGAGACAGCGACAGCGCCGUGGUCCUCGAGGAAGCCGCGGAUGAUCUUGCACCACCGAGGUUCCGAUCGAACAUCACGGACGUGACGGUGAUCCGAUCGGUGUCGGACGCGGUGGAACCGUCGAGCAAGUACUCGUCGAUGCGACGAUGCAACGGGUUCCUGAGGAGACCCGAGAUCCUGGAGACGGUCUACUCGGUGGAGGAGGACGGCGACAGCGAGAACAACCAGGACCCGUCCGAGUCCACGGAGAACUCGGAAUGCGAGGAAAGACGGGCAAAGAACUUGGGGAACGGAAAGGGCAGACUUCAGGAUUUGUACGGCAGCUUCGAGAGACUCGCUCAAGAGGCAGACUCUCCGCCCAGCGAGAGGCCGAGAGACGAAAGUCAGCAGGCGCAGGUCACGUACAACAGGGUAAUGAGCAAUCACCGAUCAGUCACGAAACCAAAAGACGUAAAGUACAAGAGGAUAAACAAAGCGAAGUCGAAGAGCUUGGAAGAGUUAAGGGGCCGAUUAAGAAAUUGGGUCGAAAAAGGGAACAAAAUCGCUAUAUCGCUGGAUCAAUCUUACGCCUGAAUCUGUACCUCCUGAAAGUAUAUAGAAAUUCUUUGUAAACGGCGAUUCCGAUCGGUCGUUCACCGUACUCGAUUGUCGCGGUCACCGUAUGUAUAAUAACGACGCAAUCGAUAUCGCACGAUCGAUCGCCGUUUUAUAUUUAAUUGAAAUUCUCAUCGCUCCAUGUGAUAUUUACUGUAGUGUCUCGAGAAUGAAUUAAUUAGAACCCUUACGUAUCGCUAAACAUGUCGCGCGAGGACAAUUUUAACACUUGUGAUAUAUAUAACGAUUUUAUGCUAAUACGACCACGUUAUCUAGUGAUAAUUAUCGUUGCGAUUAUGAAAUGACGAAAGAAAGCUUCAAAAAGAAAAAAAUAUAUAUAUAAUAAGAAACGGAGGGAAAGACGAGAUAAUCGAGAAAAUAUUUCGCAAAAAUUCGAGGAUAAUCUUUUCGAAUCGUUAUGUUUCGUGUUUCCACGAACACGCAUUGCCUAAUUUUCUGGCGUACAAUUUGCAUCCUCGUGUGCGACGAUGUAUCGUAUGCUUUUCUUUUCCGCGACACCACGUAAAAUUACGCCUUUCUUUCUCACCGAAAACGAGACUAAAUGUGCACAUACAGAUAUAAUCGUGUGAUUUUUCUCGUUGUAUCUUCUUCUCCCGCGGGUGAGGACACGCGUUCGCCAAAUCGUCAGUUCACGACCACGGCACAACUUCAAGAUGGUUCUCCUUUGAAUGGAUCCCUUUUCGUCAAUUACGACCAUCGUGUACUAUCGGUUGAUUGACGCAACGCUUAAUCGGGAACGAGUUAUCGAACGUUUUCUCGCAAGAAUUACCACACGCGUGAUCGCAUCGUCGAUCAGGUCUGAGCUCAAUUUUCUAUGCUCUGUAAAAAUGGAUUAAGUACCGUUCAUAUAUCGCUCUGUCGCGUUACCUUUCUCUCUAUGCGUAUACACACACUUCGCCUGUGAGCAAGAAGAUGAAUAGAAGGGAAACUUUCGAUGCAUUAAAUGCUGCGAAGCUUAUAUCGCGAUACGAGAUGAUCAUCUUUCCUGCAACGUUCAACUAACAUCCUACGUUUUAUUCAGUAUCGACGAAUGUGCCACUCUAUCCAAUUUUCUAUUAAGAUUUCGUUACGCCAACUCGCUCACCGAUUCUAUCGUUGGACUAAUCGAGGCAACCGGUGCUUUAUACCGUAGCGAAAAGAACGUAUAACGUACCCAUAUAUACGUGUAACGACAAAUGUGUUAAAAGUGUCGCGAUACUUUAAGUGUCGACGAAAAAUAUUUCAACUCGAUGACUAUAUUCUGUUACUGCCGUUUCCUCGAUUAGCCUGGCGCGUGAAUUUCUUUAGAUAAUCUUCGAGGUUAUCUAAUCUAAUCAACUGAAGAUAAUCAAUACGUGAUGCAUUCGGAGAAUGAAAUGCAACACGGAUUAUUUUUCGAGAUUUACGAAUGUCUCUUCGAUGCGUUUAGAAAUGUUCGUAAGACACGAGUCACUCUGUAGCAUAAUAUUUUUUGAUCGUUCUUUACGCCGUACCAACGACACGAACUCGACACUUUAUUUAUUUACCGACCGCGCAUCGUGGCGGUCACAUAACCUUUCUAUCGCGUUCUAUCGAAGCGAGAAAAACAAUCUUUGCGGGUACCUGUGUAAUGUUAAAAGUACAUAGAACGUUUUCUAUUUCGCCUUCCGUUCGCGGCGAAUUUAUAUAUCUUCGGCGCAUCCUUGAACGGGACAAGGGUACAAGAAAACUAUCGACAAUCUCCCAAUUUUGAAAGAGAAAGAAAACAUAUUAUUCUACUAGAAAGGAAUCUACAGACAAUUCUUUUGUAAAUAAAACGAGAUGAUAAAAUAUUAUCGUAUAACGUAAUAGCUGAACGUUAAGGCUCUUCGAAAUUCUGCAAGAUUUAUCAUGUAGAUAGCCGCGUUUACAGAAAUAACAAAUUUUAACGAUAGAGAAUCGAGUUUUAUGUUCCUGUAGGCUGCAUAACAGCCACCGAGAGAUCUCG